AGAUCUCAUAGGAGAAGAUUGCCCUAACCAGUCUGGUGGCAUCGUUGAACUUGAGUCCCCAAUCCAGGGUCGGCGUAGCCAAGAUGAUAGUGUUGCCAUUCUGUUCUGCGGCCCUGAGGAGAAAGUGGCCACUGAAACCAUGGCUCAACUUUCUUUGGCGCAGAGAUCACGUGAGUGCGUGACUAAUCUUGACUCUUUAUUUCGCUUCGCCCAAUUAAAGCUCGGCCCUGCAACGUUGAAUCAGAAGUUGACAUUGAAAAGUAUGCAGGGGCGCUUCAACCGGCGUAUCAAUUCAAUGCGCUCUUUCCCGGCCUGCAGCUUCAGUUGUACUAAGUCUUCCAAACGGGCUCUAGGUUCGUCACUCGGUUUCUCUUCAAACGUUUCCACGACACACCUUACUGGUUGGGCAGCUGUACAGAAGAAGCGAGGCUGUAGUCAACUGUAUUUUAAUCCAAACUAUAAUCAACUGCAUUUCUGA